GGCGCGGACCGGUGCCUGUUGCCCCGAGAGAGUUAACGGCGCGGGGAAAGUCGCCGCUUCUCCGCCCGUGCCCGGCUCCUGGCAACAGGGGCGCCGCGCAUGUAGGGCCGCCGCGGGCUGCCGGCGCCGCCGCCGUCCCCGUCCCCCGCCCCGGACAACGUGCCCAGGCGUGAAGUAUGGCAUGCAAAGAUGGUUUCUGCCAAGGAGCCAGCCUUCGCCAUGUCCUCGGGUCUCUCCAUCGCCCUCCUGCACUGCCUGUGCCUGGCGACGUGUCUCACCGGGCCGCCGGGACAGAGCAAAAAAGAGGAGAAAUUGUGGCCGGAGAAUUUCACCAGCAUCCUCAACAGUCUCCUGGAUGGCUAUGACAACCGCCUGCGCCCGGGAUUCGGAGGUCCUGUUACUGAAGUGAAAACAGAUAUAUAUGUCACCAGUUUUGGACCUGUUUCUGAUGUAGAAAUGGAGUAUACAAUGGAUGUCUUCUUCCGUCAGACAUGGGUAGACAAAAGAUUAAAAUAUGAUGGCCCUAUUGAAAUUUUAAGACUUAACAACUUGAUGGUCUCGAAGGUGUGGACUCCUGACACUUUCUUCAGGAAUGGGAAAAAGUCUGUUGCACAUAACAUGACCGCCCCAAAUAAACUCUUCAGAAUAAUGAGGAAUGGCACUAUCCUGUAUACAAUGAGGCUUACAAUAAGUGCAGAGUGUCCCAUGAGAUUAGUGGAUUUUCCCAUGGAUGGUCAUGCUUGUCCUCUCAAAUUUGGGAGUUAUGCAUAUCCAAAGAGUGAAAUGAUUUAUACCUGGACAAAAGGACCUGAGAAGUCAGUGGAAGUUCCUGAGGAGUCUUCCAGUUUAGUUCAGUAUGACCUGCUAGGGCAUACGGUGUCCAGUGAAACCAUUAAAUCUAUUACAGGUGAAUAUAUUGUUAUGACAGUUUACUUCCACCUCAGACGGAAAAUGGGUUACUUUAUGAUUCAGACGUAUAUCCCAUGCAUUAUGACCGUGAUCCUUUCUCAAGUUUCAUUUUGGAUAAAUAAGGAAUCUGUACCAGCUAGAACUGUGUUUGGAAUAACCACAGUGUUGACAAUGACGACACUGAGCAUCAGUGCAAGACACUCACUGCCAAAAGUAUCAUAUGCUACUGCCAUGGACUGGUUCAUUGCGGUCUGCUUUGCCUUUGUGUUUUCUGCUCUUAUCGAGUUUGCUGCUGUCAACUAUUUUACUAAUAUUCAAAUGGAAAGAGCCAAAAGGAAGACGGUAAAAUCCCUCCUUGAAUUUCCAGUUGCUCCAAUACAAAGAGAAAAAUGUACAGAAGAGACACACACGAGUACAGAUGCCAAUUCAAAUGUGAGGAAAAGAACGAAUGCCACAGUACAGUCAGAAGCUGAUGGUGGGAGUCGAAUUGACACAAGGCACAGUUCCAUCCAGCCUCCCUCUGUAGCUCAGGGGUCUUCUGACAUUACACCCCACUCCCUUUCUGCAUCAAGUCCCAACCCUUUCACACGUAUUAAUGCAUCAGAGACAUUAUCUUCUGCAAGAGCUACCCCUCCAGCUCCUCCUUCUACCCCAAUUUUAACUGGAUUUGUAUCCCAGCAUGCCACAGUUGGAUCCCCUUCCAUUCAGCACUUGCUUGGAUCUAGACUGGAGCAGAUUCAGACCACCACACCUCAUACAUUAGGAGCAUCUGCAAAACCAUCUGCUGUCACACCACCUGUUCCCCCUGCCUCUCAUUCUGGCACUAGUAAGAUAGACAAAUACGCACGAAUUUUAUUUCCUGUUACCUUUGGAGCAUUUAACAUGGUCUACUGGGUGGUGUAUCUAUCCAAGGAUACCAUGGAAAAAUCAGAAAGUCUAAUGUAGUUUUGCUGCUAUGUAGUAGUUCAAAAAUUAUACUCACAUUUGAUGCAGAGUUUCUUCUUUUGAAACUAUUUAAAAAGUCAAUUCUUAUUUAUAAAAGCUGUGUGCUACUUUCCCAUUGUAAAGGCUGGAGAUCUUGGGGAUAAUGAGGUAAUUCUUAAAAAUAGGUAACAGAAUUCUCUUCCUCCCUUCAGCUAGGAGUGAAUCGUCACUCUUCAGACAGACUACUUGCCUUUGGGAGAAACAUGCACAGGGAAAAAAUCAAAGAUGGAGGUGCACAACUGUGCAGUGGAAUUCAUCUCCACUGCUAGGAAUUAUGCGUGUUGAUUAUCAUGGAUCCCUGAGGUACCUAGUACUGUCAUCUGGACACAGCAUUGCAUUUCUUGACUGCAAGACCCAUGUCCUGAAUAUUUUGACAGUACCUGCUAGAAAAGGACUUUUUGUGCUAGGCUAAAAUUGGCAGAAUGGGGGGAAAAUGAGCAAUGGAAAAAGAAAAUAGAGUCCAGCCUGGGAAAGUGCAACUCCAGAAGAGUUAUGCAAAGGAGUUGUAGAGCUCCAUAUAUUUUUACGAAGCAUUAUUUUGCAUUGCAGCCUUGGAAAUUUUCACUUCAAAAUAAGAAUGAAUUAACCUUAUAAAAUCUGAAAUCUGAAGUAAUUCUCAAAAUUGGAUUUUUUUGUUUGGUAAGGUGAUCUUAAAUGUGAUUCUUCUUAGAACGUGCUGACCAGCUUGAAUGGAUUUAUUUCUAAAUUACAUCACAUGAUAGAAUGGAACCAGGUCCACAGUGUUCAAGUUUUUGAAUUCCUUGUUCUUUCCUUUGGAUGCUUUUGGAUUUGUUAAUUGUUUUGUUUUGUUUGUUUUCCAUAUUUUUCAGUCAUAUACCUCUGAUUUCCUUUGAACAUGUUUUCCUCUCUCUUUUAUUAUAUAAUGUUUGAGUCAAGUUAAAUUUACAGCAAAUUUUGAAGUGGCUUCAAAAUCAAGGAAAACAUAUUUUCCUGUGCUUUGAUAUGUGUGGCUAUGGCACAACUUUGAGUGAACGUGAGACACCCUUUUGUGAAGGAACACUGUGACAUAAAUCCAAAAAGCAUGUUUCUAGACGAAGCAGGGGAAACACAAGGUGUAUUUAUGGUUCAUUAGUUUUUCUUACACUGUGGGUGAUUUCCUUAGUGGUUCAGUGUACGAACAGACAACUACUUUUCUUUAUUUAAAAAAAGAAGUGAACAGUUUAAGCUUGAUAAAAAUCUUAUCAACAGUGUUCUUUUCACCUAUAUGAACGGAGGAUAUGCUGGCCAUCAGUCUGAAGGUUUUUGUGGAGUUCCAUCUGGCUAGGCAAACAGUUAGCAUUUCUACGCAGAUGACAAGUGAAUAUCAAGGGCCAAAUUCUCAGCUGUGAUCUGGCUGUUUUUAAAGGAUUAAGGAGAAGCCGAUUCUCCUUUGCCUGGACUAAUCAUUAACUACAGUUAAUUGACAUGGCAGAUUGGUAGCCCAUUGUCAAAGUUUUACGCUGAGGCCAUUGAGGUGGGUGUUCUGGAGUUCUCUGCUCAAGUAAUGAUAAAGUGAUUGAGAGUCUGAUGGAAACCUCAAGUAGCUGGAGUAAUCAAGACAGCCCUACACAGAACUGGGAUGAGAAUCACUGUACAGUGGCCAUAUAUAUCUCUAUCAAUCCAAACAUAGUAGCUAUUUUGCAGCUGAGAAUCUGACCUGCUAGCUUAUAGGAUCUUGGAGACUGUAAGAGGUGUAUAAUAGAGCAUGUACCAUGGAUUCUAGGCUACCAUUUCAUAUAGAACAUUGGAAUGUACAUGGUAGGAUUCAUAGGAUUUGGAAUGUCUUACAUGUCUUUAUCAUGAUGUAGUAGUAUAAACGGUUACCUUACUCUUUUUUUGUUCACUUAAGUGACGUUCUCAAGAAGAUAGGCAAAGUCCUCACCUUUUAUAUGUGGAAGAAGCCCAAGAUUAAAGUGCUCCUUAAAAAACCAUUACACAUUCCAAAAUAUGGGAUUGGAAAUGAAGCACACAUGCAGGUUGUCAAGGUGCAGUAGUUUGCAUCUUCAGAUGUAUCAAUGGGAGCUGUGGCUGUGCUUCCCUAAUUUAAUCACAGUAUUGCAGAUUGUCAGAAUAGCAGAUAUUCUACAACAGAGAUCAUUUGUUUAUUUUGUGAAGCUGGAAGAAAAAAACCCUAAUCCUCUGGCAAUUGUUGAUCAUAAUUGCGCAAGGGGUAAUUUUUUUCUAGUGUGAAGAACAGUGGCUUUAUGUGUUGAGAACUUAGUGUUUGCUCCAAAAGUUAUUGAAAUUACUCUUUGCUUUUCUCUCUGAUGGAAAAAUGAGGAUGUUUUCUCUUAGACAGAGCUCUAAAUGAUUCACUCUAAACAGCUGUCUCUUCCUUUCUACCCAUCCCCCUAUACUGCUCAUAUAAUAAGCUUUUUUUGUGCAUUGUUCAGUAGAAUCAACACCGGUUCAGGCUGUUUAGCCAAGGUUGAAGUAAAUGUGCUAUUUGGAUUUGUUUGUAGGUCCUGUUUCAUUUUAAAGACUUACAAGAAGGAGAAAAUGAUUGCAGGAAUUAUUUGAAUUCAAAAUACUAAUUUCUGUGCUUCCUUGUUACAAAAAAUUUUUCAUGAUAUCUCAGAACAAAUAUGUUUUUAACCCAUCAGUCAAUUCCUGAAUUACC